CGAAUAAUCGACCCGUUUCGCCAGUCUGCCAGGCGACAGGAGAACCCGCGGGCUGUGUAACCGAGGAACAGGAGUGUGAUGGGCAGGUGAGGAAGUGAGGUAAACGAACGAGACCGGAUAUGGCAAACACGGCUCACCUAGUCCGCCGGCAGAGCUCCAGGGACCUCAACCCCCAGCGUUCCCUGGACCGGCUCGAGCUCAGGGAGAUGAGGGGGCGUUUGGUCGCCCUGGAAAACGGCACCACCUACGGUGCGACAAACACGGCUUUUGACGAUUCAAGCCCGAACACGAAGGCUGCUUUGAAAGUGACUGAGAAGAUCGAGGAGAGUGUUGACCCUAAGAACUUAUUCAGGCCGGAGUGCGGCGAAGACGACAGAGAAUCCUGGGACAGCAAACUCACUUUCCUUCUGGCCACUGUCGGCUACGCCGUCGGACUCGGAAACGUCUGGAGGUUCCCUUACCUGGCGCAAAAGAACGGCGGAGGGGCUUUUCUCGUCCCUUAUUUCAUUAUGCUCGCCGUCGAGGGUAUACCGAUUUUCUACUUGGAGCUUGCCAUAGGGCAGAGACUGCGGAAAGGGGCGAUCGGCGUUUGGAACCAGGUAUCACCGUAUUUGGCAGGAAUAGGCAUCAGUAGCGCAGUUGUUUCCUUCAACGUCGCCAUCUACUACAACACCAUCAUCGCCUGGUGUCUUUUCUAUUUUGUACAGAGUUUCCAGGCAGAGCUUCCUUGGGCGGAGUGCCCGAACAAGUACCAUCCCAACGGUUCAUACUCUCCAGAGCCUGAAUGUGUUGCCAGCACGCCAACGCAAUAUUUUUGGUACAGGACCACUCUAAUGGCUUCUGAAGACAUCAAUAGCCCUGAAGCGUUCAACUGGAAAAUAGCCAUUGCCCUCGUAAUUGCAUGGAUUCUCGUUUAUAUGUGUAUGAUCAAAGGAAUCGCAUCUUCUGGGAAGGUUGUUUAUGUCACUGCGACCUUCCCGUACAUAGUGUUGAUAAUAUUUUUUUUCCGCGGCGUCACGCUUCACGGGAUGGGCAACGGGCUCCGUCACCUUUUCACGCCAAAGUGGCACACGCUGUCUGACCCGGUUGUCUGGCUGGAAGCUGGGACACAGAUUUUCUUCUCGCUUGGGCUGGCUUUCGGCGGACUGAUCGCUUUCUCCUCCUACAACCCGGUCAACAACAACUGCUACAGGGAUGCGAUUAUGGUCUCGAUGACGAACUGCUUCACGUCCAUGUUCGCUGGGAUCGUCGUGUUUUCCAUCAUAGGUUUCAAAGCGACGCUGAACUACGAAAACUGCCUUGCAGAACGAAAUUCGACGGCCCUUCUUGCUCAGAUGACUCCGCUGCCGACUUUAUCCUCCACUGAAAUCUCUGUUCUGCCUGAAUGCGAUCUUGAGAAAGAGCUGGACAGCUCUGCAGCAGGAACAGGCCUCGCAUUCAUAAUAUUCACCGAAGCGAUCAACCAAUUCCCGGGAGCUCAACUCUGGUCCGUGCUCUUCUUUCUGAUGCUGUUCACUCUGGGUAUUGAUUCACAAUUUGGCACCCUCGAAGGCGUCGUUACGUCCAUUGUCGAUAUGAAGCUCUUCCCGAAUCUCAGAAAAGAGAUAUUAACAGGUGUUAUGUGCUUAAUCUGCUGUUUAAUAUCAAUGAGUUUCGCUCACGGCUCAGGAAAUUAUGUAUUUGUCCUGUUCGACAGCUUUUCUGGUAACUUCCCUCUUCUGAUGAUAGCCCUGUGCGAAUGUAUUGCUGUUUCUUACGUCUACGGUUUAAAACGGUUCGCAGAUGACAUCGAACUUAUGACAGGGACCAGGCCUGGUCUGUACUGGCUCGUCUGCUGGAAGUACCUUUCACCUCUGGCUAUGCUGCUGAUUCUACUGGCUAGUGUAGCCGAUCUGAUAACGCAAGGUAGCGGAUACCCGGCGUGGAUAGCCGAAAAGGGCGACACCGUCCUAAAAGAAUGGCCGAUCUGGGCCGUACUCUUGAUAAUCCUGUUGGUUACCGUGGCCGUCAUUUGGAUACCCUUGGUUGCUAUCUGCAGGUGUUUCGGGAUUGUGAUAAUCGACGACAACGAGAAAGCCUGGUUCCCGUCCUCAGACCUCAAAGAGUUCCACGGGAUUGUCGAACACGAAGUGACUACAGCAGAGACACUCCUCUUCUGUAUACGGCCUGAUGGGAGCGAAGGGCUCUGCUGCCCAACAUCACCGCCCGAAGAAGACAUUUAGCCUUUUUAAGGGUGUUGUCUGUAGUAUUCAAAAUUAAACAACAAUUUUAAGGCUUAUUUAAGUAACAAGUGUUUUUGAAAGUUCUUAACUGUUUUUAAUAAAGGUCCUCUCGGAUUUAGCAUUUUUAGCUUUUGUUUCAUAAAACGAGGACUUGUGACAAGAUAAAUUCUAAUUUCAGAAGUGUUACAUUUCAAAGCCUACAAUAAUAAAUUGACAGUCAAUUCGAGCAUUUCGCUUCGAAAUAUAUGUACGACAAUAUUUAAAUUUAGGAUCAAGAGCAAGUCGACGUAUUUUAGUAGAGUAGUGUGAAGUUAGAGGAAUGGCAGGGCUCUUCGUGGAGAAAAACACGAAAUAAAAUUAUGUUAUUUAUGCGAAGGGUCCGUUUGUUAUUGGUAUUCGGUUCUCGUACGUUACAAAGAUGAAAUUCACUAUAUGACAAUGAGAUUAUUAGUUAAGCACUGUCACUGAAAGCCAUCAAGGGAGUAAAUUAAUGCAUUCCAGGUCAUUUAUUUAAUUUUUACUUUAUAUACUCCUUCUACCGACAAGAACAAAUUAAAUUUUCAUCAAUACAUGUACCAGGACUAAUUUUAUUUAAUUAUUCUUAAUUAACAAUUUAUUUGGCUUAAAACCGUGACUAAAUAUGCUUAUACACAAUAUAUUACAUUUUAAACCCUCUCUGUACUUUGCUACAGACUAAAAACAAAAAAUUAUUACUGUAAAGUAGAAAGUACUAUUAUACGAUAAUAAAUAAAAUAAUAAUUAAUAUAUUUUAAUGUUUUAGAAAAUUUUUUUAUUAAUCAGUGUUCAGUCUCGUUUUUCCAUGAAAAUAAAUAUGAACACAACUGAAGGGUUAUCACAUUCUUUUUUGAACUACUUUGCAAAUUUUAUUAAACAAAAAAUUUAACUUCUUGUUUGACAAUUUGAACAUGAUUUUCCUGUAUUAUCGCCUAAUAAGUGUGUUUUUAAACAGUGAUUAUACAUUUGUUGGAAUGAUUUGCUAGAUUAUAUCGUGAUGUUGAUUUUUAAUCGUUGAAGUUAUAAAAAAAGAGUAAAAUAUACACGGAUUUUCUUGGCUUUUAGUGACUAGAAGUGGUAAAAAUGCUCGUUACAAUUAAGUAAUAAACAUAUAAAGUGCAUUUAAUGUAUCUAAGGAGACGUUAACAAUAAGGAAAUCAUAAACAUAUCCGGCCUUACAGAUUGAUGUGACAAAUAAAAUAUAUAAAAAUUAAAUAAAUAAUAAAGUUACUAUAUAAUAAAAAAAAAUCGACACCUCUGACAAUAAUUCAUGUCGUUGAGAUUUUGUUUUGUUAUAUUUAAUUGUUAUAAAAAAUAUUUUAAUUUUAUAAUACAGUCGGGAUAGGACGUCCAUAAUAUGAAGUGCACUUCCACGUGCUUCCAAGUCUGAAAUUUAGCAGUCAUAGUAUGAAAUUUAGAAAGCUAGCAGGUCAAGGAAAUAGAAAAAAAAGGAAUUGGUAAUACUUAUAAAAAUAAAAUGUAGAUUCAGGUUGGAAAAAGCCUUUUUAGUUUUAGUUUAGCCGUUCAACGACGCUAUGGUUGUGUCUAUCGAAACCAGAUUUUUAGUGUAGUUUUCUGUCAAUUAGUAUGUUCUGUAUAUAAUAAUCCAAUAGCGUGUUUAUUAAUUGUUCAAAUAAUUGGUAAAAAUAAAUGGAAAUAAUUAUAUAAGUCAAUAGAUAAGUAUUUAUAAAUACUAAUCUAUUCGUGUUAUUGCUUUUUCUGUUUCUUUCGACGUUUUAGUGCCUUUUACUUUUGCUAUUACAAUUAUUUUUUUUCAAAAUGUCUUUAUCUCGGGAAAAUAAAAAUGUCGGGCAGAACUAUUCAUUCGGGAAACUAAUAUUUUCUUUUACAAAUAAAAUGUGAUAAAUAUCUCGAUAAUUCGGUGCCGAAAAAAAGUAGUCGUUGACAAUAAAGAAAUAUUUAAAAAUCGAUUUUUUAAUAUAAUAAUAAAAAUACGGAAAGUAUAAUAAAAUAACUAUAAAUUGACAAUAAUUGCAUUUUUUUUAUGGUAAAAUCGUUUAAUAUAGGGCUAAUAAUUUUUUUCAUCAUUUCGAAAACCUACAAUAAUUAUCGACAAUAAAAAUCGAUUAAAAGAAACCAAAAUUAUUUAACAAAUGUAAACAUAUCUUGUUCAUAUCUUGAUAUAGUAGUCAGUGUUUUAUUUUUUGAGAAAAACAAAUUUUGAAUGACGUAGUUUUGUACAUAUUUUCUUCUCAACUUCGCUUUUUGUUGUGUCACAUUUGCUUUCGAUCUAUGGUCAGAAAUUUUAGAUGUAUUUUGUCAAAAUUAUUUAUAAGUGUUAAAAGAAUAAGUGUCGUACAUCGAACUAUUGUGAUGUAAAUAAGUUGGAAAUUUUGGACAAAAAUUAUAAUAUCACUAGAAACAGGUAUAAAAACGUCAUAAAAUAAAACAAACUGCAUCACGAGCAAAUCUUGGAAAACCGAAACAGCACGCAACGAAGGAUAAUAACUAUCAAAAUUGUCUCGUAUAUUUUAAUGUUGUAAUAACUUAUAGGAAUUGCAAUUGAGGGCUAAAAUUCAUUAAGUAAGUCUGUUGUAAAUAAUUUAAAAAAUGAAAUUAAACAAUUAAUAGAACUUACAUCAUAAAAGUCAAAAGUUGAAUGUUGAAAUAAAGAUAUAA